CGAUCGCGAAAAGUCUCGCGAGAUCUGGCCAGUUCGAGGGAAUGAUCCAGCCGAGCAGAGUCAAGUGAUUUCGGGAUCGACAGAAGGAGCGUGUAACUGGUAACACACAUGCCCGUGAGCACUAAGCAUGGACGAAGGCGAACAGAAGAGAGAAGAAAAUCCCAGACAAGGCGCUAGUCGAUUGUCUGUCAUCACAUUCGCGUGGCUCUUCAAAACGUUUCGCACUGGGUUCCGGCGCGAAUUGGAUCUAUCGGAUCUUUAUUACCCAUUAAACGAGCAUUCGAGUCAUAAUGUCGGCGAGCGAAUUUCUGCCGAAUGGAAGAGGGAACAAGCGAGAUGUAAAGAUUUGAAUAAAGGCCUCUCUCCUAAUUUGAUGAGAGUCCUCUUCAGAUGCUUCGGCAAAGACAUCAUGCUGGCUGGCCUCGUGCAGGCCAUGCUGGAAUUUUUCAUAAGAUUAUCUAGGCCGUACAUUUUAUUGCAAUUGUUGCACUACUCGAGCGAGAGAUCAGACAUGGCCAAGAUUGAAGCAUACGGCUGGUCAGCGGUACUAGUUACCGGUGUUUUCAUUGACUGCGUCGUCUGUCAUCUAUGCGUUCAAAAUCUCAUGCACACAGGAAUGAAGAUUAGAGUCGCCUGCUCCUCGCUGCUCUACAGAAAGAUCCUCAGUGUGCCAAUUACUUUGACGGAGAAUGAGACCAGCGUUGGCCAGGUGCUCAAUCUCCUGAGCAACGACGUGAGCAGGCUCGACCACGCGGUCUUCUAUCUGCAUUACAUCUGGAUGGCGCCCCUGCAGGCCAUCCUGGUCUUUUACUUUUUGUACAGGGAGGUCGAACUGGCCGCGGGCAGCGGCAUUUUGCUCCAGCUGCUCUUCAUUCCUAUACUCGGACUUUUUGGAAGAUUAACGAAUCGCCUGAGUAGCAAAUACGCGACGAGAACCGACGAGCGGCUCAGAUUGACCAAUGAAAUUAUCAAGGGCAUAAAAGCCAUCAAGAUGUACGCCUGGGAAAAGCCGUUUUCAGCGCUCGUUGACCGAGCUCGAAAAAAAGAAGUACAAAUAGUGAAACAGGACUCCAUAAUGACGGACAUGAGCUUGGCUUCGGAGUUCUACAUUCCCAGACUCUGCAUUUUCAUAACAGUGCUGUCGUACGUUCUUCUGGGAAGCAGCGUCAACGCCGAGAAGGUCUACGUCAUUACCGCGCUCUACGACGUUCUCCGCAUGAGCAUGUACACGCUCUUCCCCAUGUGUCUGCACGACGCGGCGGAGGCUCUGGUUUCGGUGAGGCGCAUCCAGAAGUUCAUGCUCAUCGAGGAGAUCCCUUACCUGCCCACCACCUCGAACCACGUGAACAACGCCGAGCCGAUCAUCCCCAAGGACCCGGCGAUACACCUGAAGAACCUCAGCGGCCAGUGGACCUCCAAAGUCAAGGUCCUCAAGAACAUCAGUCUGCAGAUUCAUCCGAUGACCCUCACCGCAGUCGUGGGCCAGGUCGGCUCCGGCAAGACCAGCCUCCUCCAUGCCAUUAUCGGCGAACUGCCCCACGUCAGCGGGGAAAGUCUGACGAGGGGUCGAGUAUCCUACGCCUCCCAGGAGGCCUGGAUCUUCGCCUCGACCGUCCGGCAGAACAUCCUAUUCGGUCGGCCGCUGGACGAGGCACGAUACGCUCGAGUCAUCGAUGUUUGCCAGUUGAGGCGAGACCUCGACAUCUUUCCGCACGGCGACGCGACGAUCGUCGGUGAAAAGGGAAUAAACUUGAGUGGCGGACAAUGCGCUCGAUUGAAUCUAGCGCGGGCAAUUUAUCGCGACACUGACAUAUAUCUCCUCGACGAUCCGCUUUCGGCGGUGGACGCCGCGGUCGGCCGGAAAAUCUUUCAAGACUGCAUCAAGACUCACUUGAAGGACAAGACUGUCGUGCUGGUCACGCACCAGUUCCAGUACCUCGAGGAGGUGAACAGGGUGCUGGUUUUGAAGGAUGGAACGAUCGAGGCGGACGGGACACUCGCCGAGUUGCAGAACGCCGGAGUCAACCUGGUCAAGGUUAUGCAGGUCAGCAACGAGUUCGAUGAGGUGAAGCUGCCGCAGAAGCCAGCGACCGAGCUGGCUUCCAGCGAGAACUUGUCCGACGGCCUCGAGGAGAAGAGCGACAAGCUGACGGAGAAGAAGAUAGAUGGCAGCAUCACGUUUAGGACUUACGUGUCCUACUUCCUGGCAAGCAGGAACGUGCCCCUGGUGGUGCUGGUUGUCUUCACGAGUUUCCUGCACCAACUGGCAGCCAGUGGAGGAGACUACUUCCUGGCCUACUGGGUCAACGCGGAGGAAAACGCAACGACGCACAAAAACGAAAGCUGCCCGGAGCACAUUUGCGACGCUCGAGACUGGUACAUCUACCUCUACGGGGGAAUCACCACUGCCACUAUAGUCAUGUGCCUCUUGCAGUCUUGGACCUUCUUCGAGAUGAGCAUGAGGAUAGCCAACAACCUUCAUGCCAAGAUGUUCGCCAGCGUGAUAUGCGCGACGAUGGAGUUCUUCAGCACCAACCCUCUGGGUCGAAUCAUGAACAGCUUCUCUGGGUGCAGGUUCUCGAAAGACAUGAGCAUCGUCGACACCGAGGUGUCGCGGGCGAUGAUUGAUGUCAUUCAAAACGCCAUACACAUAUUCGCGGCCUUCGUCGUGGUGACUACCGUCAAUCCUUGGCUUAUUAUUCCAGCUAUUUUCGUCGGCUUCGUCUUCUAUUUCUUCUCGCUGUUUUUCAUAAAGACCAGUCGCAGCAUCAAGCGCUUGGAGGCGAUAACGAGAUCUCCGGUCUUCGGCCACGUGAGCGACAGUCUUCAAGGCCUGACGACGAUCCGCGCCCUGCGCGCCAGGGAGAUUCUGAUCGACGAGUUCGACGAACACCAGGACCUGCACUCGUCCGCCUGGUUCAUCUUCUUCUCGGGUUCCCGCGGCCUGGGCAUGUACCUCGAUCUCUUCUGCGCGUUCUUCCUCACCUGCGUCAUCCUCACUCUGAUGUCCGUGGACAAGACCACACUGGCCGGCGACAUCGGCCUCGCGAUAACGCAGUGCAUGCUGCUGAUCAACACGCUUCAGUGGGGCGUGCGCCAGUUCGCCGAACUCGAGAAUCAGAUGACGUCGGUCGAGCGCGUCUUGGAGUAUUCCAAGCUGCCGAGCGAGCCGUACGAUAGAUCAUCGGCGGAACGAAGGCUGGAGGAAGUGACGGAGGCCAGUCCGCUGACCGACGCCAAGUUGGAGAUCCAAACGCCCACGAACGCCGUUGCUGCUGUUGGCGCCUGGCCAACCGACGGCCGGAUCGAAUUUAGGAACGUGUAUCUCAGAUACGACAAGCAGGGGCCACCGGUUCUCCGGGGAUUGAACUUCUCGAUCGAGCCGCGGGAGAAGAUCGGAAUCGUCGGGAGGACCGGCGCUGGAAAGUCUUCUUUGAUCAACUCGCUGUUUAGGCUGGCCUACUUAGACGGAGAAAUACUCAUUGACGGGGUGUCUACGAGCCAACUUGGUUUACACAAACUGAGAUCGCAUAUUAGCAUCAUUCCGCAAGAGCCCAUCCUCUUCACGGGCAGCCUGCGCAAGAACCUGGACCCGUUUGGCGAGUUCUCGGACAACGACCUCUGGCAGACGCUUGACGACAUCGGCGUCAAGAGCAGCCUGGAUCCCAACACAGGUCUAAACACCCGAGUCGCCGAGGCUGGCUCGAACUUUAGUGUCGGUCAGCGCCAACUGCUGUGCCUAGCACGCGCUCUCGCGCGCAAGAAUCGCAUCCUGGUCCUGGACGAGGCGACGGCCAACGUAGAUCCCUGCACUGACGAGCUGAUCCAGAGGGCCGUCAAGAGAAAGUUCGAAGACUGCACGGUGCUGACCAUCGCCCACAGGCUACACACUGUUAUCGACAGCGACAGAAUGCUCGUCAUGGACUCCGGAACUAUUGCGGAGUUUGAUCAUCCAUAUAUUUUGCUAACUGAAAAGAAGGGACUCCUGUACGAUAUUGUUCAGCAAUCUGGAAGUGGUGCGGCGCAGCUUCUCCUACAAAUUGCAAAAUUAAGUUACGAUAAAAAAACAAGCAAGGUAUGAGGUCCACAUUCCAAUUGUCAACCAUUUUGAGAGAAAUCGAAGGACUGCUGAAAAAGGACAUUCCAAUGAUACAAAAUAUAUGCGUUUGCAUAAAAAUUGUCUCACAAACUAUUAAAAGCGUUGUAAUAUUCACAA